AUGGCUGAGACACAUACACCACCAUCCGAGCAAACCCCGCUCCUUGAGACAGCCACGGUCCAGGAACAUGAAAGCUCGGCUUUAAGUGUCCCACGAGGACUGCUCAUCUUCAUUUCUAUGGCAUUUUUAAUAUUUAUCCAGACCAGCAACCUCUCGCUUAUGACCACAAGCCAGUCAUAUAUAUCGGCUGAUCUUGAUGCAUAUACUGAAGCUAUAUGGUUCACUUCAGCUCACAUGAUUGCCAUGUCAAGUAUGACUCCCCUGGCGGGACGACUUUCGGAGAUAUUCACCCCACGAAAAUAUGUGGUUUUCACGAGCUCGGUCAUGGCUUUAGGGUUGUUCAUAACAGGCUCUGCCCCAACACUCGCCAUUUUCCUGCUUGGCCGUGUGGUCUCAGGUUGUGGUAGUGGUGGUUUAAUGACUACCGCCAUCAUAUUAGCCUUGCAACUAUCUAGUUCAAAACGACGGGGACUUUGUAUAGGAAUGAUUAGUGCAUGCUAUACAACAGGCCUCUCCUUGGGUGCUGUUUUGGCAGGCUUGAUUGUCCCCACUUUUGGUUGGCGUCUUAUCUUCUGGGUCCAAGCCCCGACUGCGCUUGUUAUAGGUCCCAUCCUUUUCUUUGCUAUUCCAGCACCACCCCACGAUAAACAUCCGCUUAAGAAAAAGUCCUUGGGGCAUAGUCUUACACGGGUAGAUUAUGCAGGCGCUCUGACAUUGAUUAAGACACUCUUCGUAGUGCUAUUAUUAUCUAGUUUCGCAUCCCCAACGAUCCUCAUCUGGCCUAUUCCUCUUUCCUUCGCUUCGUUGGGCCUCUUCAUUCUGAUUGAAUCACGCUGGGCACGCGAGCCUAUCCUUCCUAUCAAAGUGCUGAGCACACGCAGUGUAUUUCUGACAUGCAUAGCCGGUCUAGGCUUGAUGAUGUCUCGCUGGGCGAUCCUGUUUUUCGCACCAGUCUACGCUCUGUCAGUUAGGCUUUGGUCCCCCGCUAUGGCCGGUCUGAUUUUAAUCCCAACGAACCUUGGCUUCGGAUUGGGUGGACUACUCGUAGGAUGGAUUCACAUCCGAAAAGCAACAAGCUACUAUGUUUCGUGUUUGGUGAUUUAUACUCUUUUCACACUCUCUACUCUGUCGCUCUCAGUGCUUUCAACGCCAUAUUCAUCGACAUUUAUCUAUGUAGCUGGUCUCUUCUUCAAUGGCCUGUUCGCCGGCUCUUUAAUGAACUACAGCUUGUCGCAUAUCCUACACCUGACCAACAUCCAUACACAUUUCAUUGUCACCUCUCUGGUAGCCAUGUCUCGCGGGUUUGCAGGCAGUUUCGGAUCAGCUGCCGGGGGUGGAUUUUUCACUCGAAUUCUGAAGAGCAGAUUGGAAUCCGGAUUCGCUCAUUACGGUUUGGCACGACCUGACUUGGUUCGCACUCUCCUUGGCAGCCCUGCUACAGUCGUGAAACUUGACGGACUGGAGCGGCUGGUUGCUGUAGAAAGCUAUGAGCACGCUGUCCGAAUGUUAUUCUUGGCUGGUAGUGGGAUCGCAAUGUUGUCUACCAUUAUUACGGCAGGAGUUGGGUGGACUCCUGAGCCUGAUACUGAUGAUAAGUUGCAAGAAGCUCUUGUUGAACAGGAUGAAUAG